AUGUCUCGUGCGCGCGCAUCGCUCCUCGUGCGCACGCCUGAUGCUUACACCGCUGCAAUUGCUGUGAAGAUGAAGGGUCCACAGCUUAUCAUCUGCUUGCUGUUGCUCGCUGCAGCCACUACGACGACGACGACCACGACCGAGUGUUUCUCUUUCCUCUUUGCUCUUUGCUCUUUCCUCUUACCUCCCACGCGCUGGCCAGUAGGCGUCCACGGGUCCAACAUGGUCAACUUGAAGCCUUGGCGCAAGGAGACGCCGCCAGCCGACGCCGCGACGACUACACCUGCCACGACGACUGCGGCUUCUGCAGACGAAAAGGAUGCGGGGCUGCGGCGGAGGUGGAAUCUGGGGAUACUGAGCGACCCGCAGACAGACGAGGUGCCUGGCUCCGUCAUCCUCCUCUCCAAAACACACAACCGCAACGAGCCCUUGGGUCUGCAACAUGCCCGCGCGCGCACAUCGGCGUCUUCUCUGCCCUCGGCUUACGGCCCUGGGUCGCGCAGUGCAUCGCGCAGCUCCCGACGCCCGCCGGAGAAGAAGCGCACAAAGGACGGCCGCUUCAUCCUCGAGCCCCAGCCCGAAGACUCGGCCAAUGACCCUCUCAACUGGCGGCAGCUCCGUCGCGACCUGGCCCUGCUGUCUCUGGGCUUCUACUGCAUGGUCGGCGGCGGCAUGACGCCCAUUCUUGCCGCAGGCUUCAACGACGUCGCCCGCACCUACCAUGUCACGAUACCCCAGGUCGCUCUUACCACGGGCUUGUACAUGUUGGGGCUCGGACUGGGCAGCAUCGUAGCCUCGCCUACCGCUAUCCUCUGGGGCAAGCGACCCGUCUAUCUCGGCGCCAUCGUCUUGUUCUGCCUGUCGUCCAUCUGGUGCGCCCUGUCGCCCAACUACGCUUCUCUCGUCGUUGCCCGCAUCGUCCAGGGCUUCGCCGUCUCGCCCGUAGAGUGUCUGCCCAGUGCCACCAUUGCCGAGAUCUUCUUCCUCCACGAGAGAGCAUACCGCCUGGGUGUGUACACGCUUCUCUUGCUGGGCGGCAAGAAUCUCAUUCCGCUUGUUAGCGCGGCCAUUGUGCAGUCUCUGGGCUGGCGAUGGGUAUUUUGGAUCGUCGCCAUCGUCGUCGGACUCUGCUUCUUCCUCAUCUUCUUCUUCGUGCCCGAGACUUUUUGGGACCGCGCGCCCAGGCCAGCCAGAAGACAGACGACAAGCCGUAGCUCCAGCAAGCACCGCAGCCAUCUCCACUUGCCAUCGCGACAUGCCAAGAAGGACGCUCCCGCCACUGCACUGCAGCCGCCCUCCACCGCCACCGCACCCGCGGACCAAGCACAGCUCUCACCCUCGGAACAUCCCGCCAAGCCACAUAAGCAUGCCCACGUCGGCUUUGCUGACGAUGUGCCAUCUGGCGCACAAGUCUCCGAGGUUGAUUUUGCACCUGCUGCUCAGGGAGACAGACAGGAGCUCUCCCUUCAGAUUCCGAUCAUGUCUCAGAGCAGUUCUCUAUCCACUACACCGACUAUUACCGCGAUGCACCACCCAAGUCUUAUCGACAUUCUCUUCGGCCCUGGAAUGGGAGACUCGUCAAGGACAAGUGGUUCCCGCGUCAUGAUACGCCCCUUCAUCCUCUUUGCCUACCCCGCCGUUCUGUGGUCAUCGCUUGUUUACGCACUUGCCAUCGGCUGGCUCAUUGUCCUCUCCGAAUCUGUCGCGCACAUAUACGAAGACACCUCUUACAACUUCACACCUCUGCAAGUCGGCUUGGUGUACAUCUCUCCCUUCAUUGGUGGCGUCCUGGGUACCGCUGUUGCAGGAAAAGUUUCGGAUCUCGUGGUCCGCUACCUCGCGCGCAAGAACGACGGCGUAUACGAGCCCGAAUUCCGCUUGUUGAUGGCGCUGCCCAUCACUCUCGCUACCGUCAUUGGCCUCAUGGGCUUUGGCUGGAGCGCCGAAGAGAGGGAUAAUUGGAUUGUCCCCACCGUCUUCUUUGGCGUUAUCAGUUUUGGUUGUUCGCUUGCUUCGACCACGGCUGUCACAUUUGUGGUGGACUCGUAUCGGGUAUAUGCUGGAGAGGCACUUGUGACAUUGAAUGUCUCAAAAAAUAUUCUUCACGGUUUCAUCUUUUCGCUUUUCUUCCCGCAUUGGUUGGAGUCUAGCGGUUCAAAGAACACCUUUCUCGCCAUUGGAGGUAUUCAGCUUGGCUGCAUGCUUUUCUCGAUACCCAUGUAUAUUUAUGGCAAGAGAGCAAGGAUGUGGACAGUGAGGAAGAAUCUGAUGGAGAAAUUCUAA